AUGGGUUGCUUUGGUCGCAUCCGCGACCAGGAAAAGAACGUCCGCGAGGAACAGAAGUGGGAUUAUAUCACUCUCAGCGACUUCACCUCCUCGUCAUGGAAAUCCAAACUCUCCUACCUCUGGCUGUGGAUCCUUAGCGGCAUCACCAUUGCCGUCUACGCCGCCGACACCUUCACUGCCGUCAACCUGCUCGUCUUCAACAAAUGGUCCAGCCAGGUCGACCCGGCCAUCGACUUCAACGUGUCCAAGUGGAUCUCCGUCGGCUGUAUCAUCCUCUCCUGGGUUCUCGCUGCUUUUGCCUGGCUCCGUGCCUUCCGCGUCAUGCGCGGUGGCGGCGUCGCCGACAGCUACCUCGACCCGCUGGCCGCCACGCUCCAGAGUUCUCGUAUAUAUUCCGGCGGACAUGGCUGGAGGCGUUUCCUCGUCUUCGCCGAACUGACCAAGUCUAAGAAGGGUGUCGAUUACAUUGCGCUUUUCGUGUACUUUUCGUUCAAGGGUGCCUUCCGCAUUUGCUUGGCCGAAGGCCCGCGCCAAGUCGUCAACGCUGUCACGCUCUGGGCUGCCAUGAAAGCCGACCUGCUUCCCGAGGGAGACCAUGCCGCAACCGAUGGACAUUCGUCGUUUGAGCAAUUCUGGUUCAACAUCAAGCUGCUUGCGAACGAGCAAAAGGAACAGGCCGUCAUUCUCUCAUCCAUGUUGUUCACUUUGGUCAUUUGGGUCAUUGCCGUCCUAGGUCUGAUCUUGGCUGGCGUGCUCUACGUUCUCUUCCUCUGGCACUACAUUCCUUCGGUCGACGGCACCUUGGCAAACUACUGCAGACGCAAGGUUGACAAGAGACUGGAACGUGUCGUUAGCAAGAAGGUCCAGCAAGCUUUGGAAAAGCAGGAAAAGAAGAUCAGGAAGGAGGAAGAGGAUGCGGCUCGGGCGGCAGCGGCGAAGAUGCAAAUGCAGAAUGGCGGCGCGCCUCCCAAGGAGAAGAAGGUUUUGCAAAGCAAGCACUCUCGUCCCGAAUUGGUCCCGAGGAAGCCUACUCUGCCUCAACUGGGAGGCUUGGACAGAACCAACACCCAGUCGUCCGUCUCGACUCUUCCCGCUUACUCUUCGCAACCGCCGUCUCGACCCGCCACUUCCAAUACCAACCGUUCCCGUGCGCCGACGCUCCCCAACGUCAGCGAAGAUGAUUUCCGUCCCGGCGGUCCUGUUAGGACCAACACUUCGUCCUCCGGCUGGUCUGCUCAGAGUUACGGCUCGAAUGCUCCGCUGCUCAGCAGUGCGGGCGACAUGGGAGAAUCCACGCCGCCUCCGCUUCCUCCGCUGCCGAUGACGAUGCCGGUGACUCGUGAGCGUUCUUUGACGAACGGCUCUCAAGGUCGCUCCUACACGCCUCAAGGUCCUCCGCCCCAGUCUCGUGGAACCCCAGGUCCUAUGGGUCCUCCUCAACCUCGCGGUACUCCUGGCCCUAUGGGUCCUCCACCUCAAUCUCGCGGAACUCCAGGUCCUAUGGGACCUCCAUUCCAGGCUCGCGGAACCCCAGGCCCUAUGGGCCCUGGUCCUAUGGGUCCUGGUCCUAUGGGCCCUGGCCCCAACGGAUACUACCCGCCACCGAGAUCCAACACUGCCUUCAGCGCUGGACAGCCGCCCCGCUCGUAUAGCCCGAUGGACAUGCCUCCCAUGCAAGGUCGUAACUCGCCUGCUGUUGGUCCCAACGGUUAUGGACCGAACGGCUUCGGGCCGAACGCGUAUGGGCCUCCGCCUCAAGCACGGAGCUCGCCCGGGCCAGGCAUGAUGCGUCAAAACACCGGCUAUAGCAUGAACGACGGCUACGGUAUGCCCCCGCCUGGCCCCGUGCGUACAAACACUGGCAUGGGCCCCAUGGGCCGUGGCGCGGCUGGUCCUUCCCCACUUGGAAACCCUGACUUUGAUCCUUAUGGCCGUCAAUCUCCGGCGAUGUAUACGCCUGACGCGUAUGAGAUGCAAUACCAGCAGCGCCCCGCCAUGAUGCAACAAGAUGCUCCUCGUUCUGAUUACAACGGCGGCUACAACGGUAACGGUGGAUACGCCAUCAACAUGGAUGACUACGAUCCGUUCCGCGCUGGUACCCCUGCGCAAGCGCCCGUUCCUGCUGCAAACAUGGCUCGUCCGCCCUCGCCUAGCAACGCUUCGACUGUUUCGGUCUCGACAAACUUCACCCAGGGCGGUAGCUAUGUGGCAUUCAACCCUCACCAGAACAACUCGACGCCUGUCUCGCAGAACUACGCUAGCAAUGUGUCGCCUGUUCCUGAGCACGCAAGUGCCAUGCCGCAGGACAGUGGCCAUGCCCGACAGGGUAGCAAUGGCCAGCAGAGCACUCACAGCCGUCAGGGCAGCUCUGGUCAGCGGAGCACGCACAGCCGCCAGAGCAGCGCGGGUCAGCGCAGCAACCACAGCAGACAGGGCAGCUACGGCCAGCACAGCAGCCACAGCCGCCAGAACAGCGAGGACCGCGAGCUCCGCCAGACUCGCGGCUCUCGCAACUUCUCGAUCCCUGCUAGGUCGCAGCAGCCGAUUGGUCCGAUCAAGAGGAGAGCGACGGAGCCUACGCAGCCGCAGGAGCCGCAUCUUGAGGCGGUUAUCUAA